AAUGCACCUAAUUUAUGAUUUCCAAUCGCAAUAUAAAGUCAAGAGAAGAAAAGGCCUGGAAGGAUGAGAGAUGACUAGAUUCGGUUGACGUUUUAUGUAUGGAUUCAUUGGUGGAGUAGAGGACCAUGUGCAUUUCAGGACCCUGCCUCUUUCUCAACGCCUGUGAUUGUAACAUCUUCUCAACCUCCCUGGAACGAUACAGGAAACCCUGAACAGGUGAUCAUGCCUAAUUGGUCAAACAUGACCCUCCACCUGGAGGACUCUCUGACCCGUGCCCUGGGCCAUUAUCUUGACAGCUGGAGCCGGAACUCCUCGAAGGCAGAACAGGCUCUGGACAACACUCUGGCAGAGGAGAACUUCAGGAACGUCAUAUGGUAUCUGAUAGUGAUGAUCGGAAUGUUUGCCUUUAUCGUCGUGGCGAUCCUGGUGAGCACGGUGAAGUCGAAGCGGCGUGAGCAUUCUAACGACCCCUACCAUAAAUACAUUGAGGAAGACUGGACCGCCCAGCUCCAACAGCAGAGCUUCGUCAUCAACAACCCCACGGCCAACUAACCCGAUGUAUAUUCACACGCCAUAUACAAACACCAGUGGUGGAAAAGUACCGAAUUGUCAUACUUGAGUAAAAGUAAGGAUAUCUUAAUAGAGAAUGACUCAAGUAAAAGUGAAAGUCACCCAGUAAAAUUCUACUUGAGUAAAAGUCUAAAAGUAUUUGGUUUUAAAUAUACUUAAGUAUCAAAACUAAAUGUAAUUUCUAAAAUAUACUUAAGUAUCAAAAGUAAAAGUAUAAAUAAUUUCAAAUUCUUAUACUAACAAACAAGACUGCACCAUUUAAUUUUUUUUUAUUUACAGAUAGCCAGGGGCACACUCCAACACUCAGAUAUAAUUGAUAAAUGAAGCACGUGUGUUUAGUGAGUCUGCCAGAUCAGAGGUUAAGUGUGUGAAUUUGACAAUUUUUCUGUUCUGCUAAGCAUUCAAAAGGAAAAUGUAUGGAGUAAAAAGUACAUUAUUUUCUUUAGGAAUGUAGUGAAGUAAAAGUAGUCAAAAAUAUAAAUAGUAAAGUACAGAUACCCAAAAAAUCUACUUAAGUUGUACUUUAUAGUAUAUUUACUUAAGCACUUUGACCACUGACAAACACACAGGCACACACAUUUACAUUUACAUUACAUUUAAGUCAUUUAGCAGACGCUCUUAUCCAGAGCGACUUACAAAUUGGUGCAUUCACCUUAUGACAUCCAGUGGAACAGUCACUUUACAAAACACACACAUGCACAUAGAGAGGAAUAUGAAUACUGUCUUUUUGUAUUGGACAAAGCCUAUGGGAAAAUACAUUUAGUUUUUGUAGGGUUUUUAGAUAAAUGCCAAAAAUAAGGUUUAGGAGAUUUUAUAUGUUUUGUUCUCUGAGAUAAUCUUCAAUAGCUAACAUUUUUUUGUGAAUUUUGAAGCAUUUAGGUAAAACAAUAUGAUCUCAUAGAACAAAACAUAUAAAAUCUCCUAAAUCUGUUAACCUCAGACCUUUUAUUUCGGUAUUUAUACCAAAACUCAAUUCUUUCCCCUUAAUUUCCACCAUAGGAAUGUCUGAACAAACCAGAGGAACUAAUUUCUGGGUUUUAGGACUAAAAACUGGUGAGCUCUAUGGUCCGAAAGUUAAAUAAUCCUGUGGUAUCCAUUAGUAACAAAUGUGUUGUAGUCAAUGUAUAACUAAUAUGUUAAUCAUGGAUUCUAUUAAAAAAGUGGAUCUAUCAA